AUGUAUUUAUCCACUAUAGUAUUUGACCCUCUUUUAUUUUUAGCCACUCUUCAAUAUUAUAUCUGUUUAUACGAAUUAACUGUCCUUUACACAGCUUGGUUAGAACUUCCACAAAGGGAGGGCGAGAAACAAGAGACACUUGCACAAAGGAAGGGUGAGAAACAAGAGACACUUCCACAAAGGAAGGGUGAAAAACAAGAGACACCUGCACAAAGGAAGGGUGAAAAACAAGAGACACUUCCAACAAAGGAAGGGUGA